AUGUACUAAAUACUUUCCAAAUUAUUUUGCUUAUUUAAAGUUAAAUCCAUUUUGAAUUCAUGUAAAAUAAUCACUUUUCCCCAAAAAGGAUAAUUUGUUUAAAAUUACAAACAACUCAAUAAACAUGAAGAUUUUAUCAUCAAUUUUGAUGUUUAUAUUGAAAGAGGUGGAAUAAAAUAAUCUUUUUUUCAUUUAAAAAUAAGAUAGGUUAACAUAAAAAAUGAACUCUUCUUAAAGUGUAUUGUUACUAUCUUUAUUUUAAUAAAAAAACAAUCUUCAAAUGUAGAAUUUAAGGUAUAGAAAGUAGUAUUUCAAAGCUUUUAUAGGCUUGUCUAUGUUUUAAUUGACAUCUUAAAUAAUUUUUUAUAAAAUUCUUUAGUUCUUAGUCUAAUAAUUCUAAAAAAAUUUUUAUAGAAUAUGAGAUUGGAAUAUAGAUAUUGA